UGUUUACUGAAUACUAAUAAAAAAAAGCUCACGAGCGCUUUAAACAAAAACACUUAAACGUUCUCAAAGAGUUAUUUAUAAAGUGUUAUCAUGGAUGAAGAUGGAUUACCGAUCGUGGGUUCAGGUAUAGAUCUUACGAAGGUUCCGGCGAUUCAGCAAAGAAGAAUCGUCACUUUUCUCAACCAGUUCAUCGUUCACACGGUCCGCUUCCUCAACCGCUUUUCCACCGUGUGUGAAGAGAAACUUUCAACGAUUUCGUUACGGAUCCAGCAAAUUGAAACAACCCUCAGCAUCUUGGAAACAAAGCUGUCCUCGAUCCCUGGCCUUGAGGACGUCACUGUGGACAGAGUAGAUCGGAGGCCUUCGGCAGAGACCAACGGCCCAGCAGUGGGAUCCAGUGCUCCAGCAGGCUCGACUGUACCUUCUCCACCUUCUGAGGUUCCUGGACAAGGGCAGGAAGGCUCUCAGGGGCCUAAGGGAGAACCGGCGGCAGACAAUGUGAUGACAGUAGCCAAGGACCCUCGAUACGCCAGAUACCUCAAAAUGGUGCAAGUGGGUGUUCCGGUCAUGGCGAUAAAAAACAAAAUGAUUCUUGAGGGUUUAGACCCCAAUCUCUUAGAUUCACCAGAUGCCCCGGUGCCAGACUUUAGCAAGAAGGGGACUGAAGAACAAGAAAACGACAGCUCAGACAGCGAAUCAUCUUUCAGUGACUGAUUAGCCCCGCCCUCUGACCUACUGAAGCUGUCUGCUGAGAGCUUGUCUCUGUACAGGGUAAAUGUAUGCAGUGUACUCACCCAUGCUGCUGACACUCACACGGACUACACUCGUGCCAUACGAGCGGCUUAGAUGUGCCUUAGACACGGCUGUCUACAUCUCUCUCUACGUUGUGGUAAAGAUUUAGAAAUAGUCAAGAAAAGGAUCGUCGUGAGAGUCAUGAUUCUUCUUAUUAAUGUUGACUUUUUUGUAAGUGUCAAUGAUUUUCACCAGACGUACAGCGAUAUCACCAAACUAAUGUGUGAUGCGUGUUCUUUUAUUUAGGAUGUGAUCUAAACUAUUUUUUACAAACAGGUUAUUAAGAAAGCAGAAUGAUCACAAGGUCAUAUCCCAUUAUCAUACCAGGAAAACAUCACAUGCUUCUAUUUCCCAAUACAGGAGUCAUGCUUAUUGUGUAACUGCAUCCUUUUUAUUGCUGGAUCAGUGUUCAUAGUGGAUAAAUUACAGCAACGUGGAUUAAAGUGCAUUGUAUCAUUACAGAUCACUGAUUGGAAUGAGUUCAAUUCAGUAUUCCAUGCCUGUUUGAUUAAAUAAUACUAUAAACAGUGUACAAAAAUAAAAAACUUGAUAUGGUAAAAAUCA